UUAUCAUUCUAUAUAAAUGCAGGCAGUACAGACCGUCUUGAUUUUGAUAUCAUUACGAACAGUUAUAAGAAAGAAAAAUGGUUGAAAAAUCCUCUUUUAUUUACUAUUUCACAUCGUCAAAACGGGACACACAUUGCAAAGCCAUGGCUCAUUGAAAAGCAUUGUCCUAUGACAUUAUAAUCAUUUAUAGAUGAGGUUUUAAAUAUCAGUUAUUCUGAAUUGUAUAUGGCUUUGUUACGUGUUAGAGAUUGUACUGCUUUUGUGAUUGAAUUUUUGAAUUUUGUGAUUGAUGAUAUUUGAUGUUGUGUAUCUAUUUUCUAUGAUAGUAACUUCUCCUAGAGAAAGAGCCCAUAGUUGCGAUAAUCGUUUUGGUAUCUCGAGACGCCAAAUUGUCGAUAUCCAUAAAAUGGUGAAUCGACUAGCUGGUAGUCAGAAUCCACAUUCUCGUUCCCGGAGCCUUGAUGUGAGAAGUAGGCGAUCACAGAAACUGGAACGACCUCGGGAUAAAGCAUAUAGUGAUAAGGCAUUCUCUGACAAAUCCCUAAGUCCUAACAAACAUAAAAAAGGUACACUAGAAUAUGGGGCAUGGUUUGUUAGCAUCAACCUUAGGUGUAAUCUAAGUUUGAGCAUGGCCUGCAUGGACUUUUGAAAAGGAAUUACUUUAAUUGCUUUAGUCUAUCUUACACACUUGGUGCAUGAUUCUUUAUUAAUAUUUAGUUUUAAAUUGCUGAUUUACUUAAAAGUUGCAGGGAUUUUUAUUCAGUUCUAAUUAAAGAGUUAAUACUGAGUUAAUUAGAGGCAAAGCAUUUUAGGUUUGAGAUCCUCAAAGAAGACCCUUGUGUUCUUAACACUAUGUGGAGACAGUAUGCAUCCUUAUCCAUAAUAUAGAUACAUUAGGUCUCAUUAUUAUGCAUUAUGUUGAAAUAUAUUAUGUGAAUACUCCAUUUUGAAUCAUGGAAAAGGUAAACAU